UGAUGGUGUGGGUUGGGCAAAUAUCCUUAACCCAGCGGAGGUGGAAACGCCUAGUCGGCCUGGACUCUGCAGGCCCAGUGCCGAGUAGCUUAUAACCCACACCAGAAUCGAAAGACGAAAAGAGGGAUAGGGUACCUAUGUGAAGAGAGGAAAGAAGGGGCAGCAGCAACGGCCAUGAACCGGUGGAAGCUAAAGAGAGUGGAGAGAGAUGAACACCGAUAUAACGGCGUCAGUGAAGCCGGAGAACCCGGAGGUGGACCGCAACCUUCCCUUCACCAAGACCGUCGCCAACUUCAACACUCUUGACUACCUUCGCCUCUUCACCAUCACCGGUGUCUCCGUCAUCGUCGGCUACCUCUCCGGGAUCAAGCCCAACAUCCGGGGGCCGUCGAUGGUGACGGGCGGUUUAAUUGGUCUUAUAGGUGGCUUCAUGUACGCGUACCAGAACUCUGCCGGGUGCCUUAUGGGAUUCUUCCCCAACGACGCGGAGGUAGCCCGCUACAAGAACUAGAGAUGGCCAAUUGUAACCCACUUCUUCUUCUUCUUUACUAAACGAGUAAUAUCUGACUCUUUUGGUUGAAUCCGUCGUGGAUUUUCUUCUCAUUGCGGCUGGAUCGCGUUAUGUGGUUAUUGGAAUCCUCGACAUUUUGUUAGGUAUGAGAUCCUAGAUGAACUCUUGUGGAAAUUUUGCUCAUCAGCAGCUUUUGGUGUCGAGCAUUCUAUGCAUCACAAUCCUUGAAUUGUUAGUCUUAUCUGCUUUUGAUGGGCAAUUGCAUGUUGUGACAGUAUUUUUGUGUAAUGGAUGAAUUGUUGAUGGAGUAUUGGACCGUUAAAUUCAUGCUCUAGUCAUUUACCUGAAG